AUGAGUUCUAAGUAUCAUUUCGAGCUGAUCACCGGGGACACUCCCCUCUCUGAUGUUCAGCAAGAAACCCUCCAAGCAUCAUUACGCAAUCUAUGCAGUCAAUGCCUACCCGAAAUACCGAAUUAUCAGGUGCUGAAAGAACCUCGUGGUACAAACUGGCUCGUGGAUAAGAUGGUUGUCCUCGCCCACCUCGAUAACAAUCUCGUUGGCUUCAUUUCCGCUCUCUCUAUUCCCAUCCCAGACUCAGACGACCCAAUCAUUCAUACUGGGCUCACAAUGGUUCACCCUUCGCAUCGUCGCUCGACUGGUUUGAAGCAGAUGAUGUUCAACCAUCUUAUAUUUCACCUGCUCGGCAAGUUCCCCGAGGGCUUCUGGGUAACGACGUUGGCAGAGGUGAUUAGCUCUCUCGUACACACAUCGAUAUACACCAUCAACGGAUUCCCUUCUAUAGAACACAACGAGCCAAACCAGACACAUCUUCGCAUUGCAAAGGAAAUCGACCGCAAUCGCGAACGCUUUUUGAUCUCUCCACAUGCUACUUUUGAGGAAAACACAUUUGUUUUCAGAGGAUCCAACGAUUGGCCUGAAGGCCGGGUGUUCAUGAAGGAUAUCGACGAUCAGAGAUACUGGCACCGCGACCUAAAAAGAAGCAAGUUUUAUUACGAUAGACUGCGAAACAAUAAGGGCGACGAGCAACUGCUUGUUGCUUUCGUGGACCCUAAUGUUAUUCGCAUGGCUAUGAAGAAGAAGCAUAAUAAAGAUCUCGUCGGGAAAUGCUCCUCAUUGGGAGUGAGCGAGCGAAGCAAGCUAUGA